UCACCUGUCAGUUCUGACACGGUGCGAGAGUCCAGCCUCGUCUCUUUGUUUUUCUCCGAGAAACUGGCCUUCUUUUCUCAAGACUAAAUGAUAAUCCUGUGUGGUCAACAGUCACCCAAUUGAGGACAGCGUCUAACACGGUCUUCUAUCUGCGUCAGAGUAGGCCUGUGCAGGCAUGGAGCCCCUGGCAGUGGAAGAUGACAUUUGUAUCCUUAAACACGAGACAGCCUACACCGCCGCUGGCGAGAGUCCUGUAUCAGUGUGCGCUGGCGAUGAAUCCGUCGCUUCCCACUUCGCCCUGGUCACAGCCUAUGAGGACAUUAAGAAGAGGCUGAGAGACACAGAGCGAGAGAAUACCUUGCUGAGGAAGAGGGUUAAGCAGCUGGAGGAUAAGCUCUUCAGGCCAGAGGCUCCUCCAUCAGAGGGUCCCCAGUAUGUGAACAAGGCCUUCAGUGCUUACCGAGGUAUCUAUAUAGAGAAGGAGGACCUGCAGAUGGAGCUUAACAAACUGAAAAAGGAGAAGAGCGAGAGUGAGAGGUUGCUGACAGAGCAGCUCCAGGCCAAAGACUUGGAGUUGCUUCAGCUGAGGACGGAGAUGGAGACCAGCCAAGGUAAAGUGAUGAAAAGCCUGAACAGCCCUCAGGACUACUGGCAGGUGGACAGAGUCAGCACCGAGCUAAAGAUCCACAAACUGCAGGAGGAGCUGGAGAGAGUGACACUGGAAAACAGUAGACUGCUGGAGAGAAGUGGGGAGGAACCCCAUGGCCUUAACGGACCAGACUUGGACCAGACCUGUGAUGCAAAGUAUAAUGCAAGGGAGAGGAACAUGCAGCAGACGUAUGAGGCUUUGUGCUGCGAGGUCACUCGUCUUCAUUCAGAGCUGAAGCACCAAACGGGCCUGAUAAGGAAACUCAGGCCUCUCAUCAGUGAGACAAGACAAGCUGCCUCAACAGUUCCAGUUCAGUGUCUGGACGACGUGGAAAAGAACAACCACCAUCACGCAGUUCCUCGGGCAUCAGUGCCUCGCCCCCCUAGUGCCCCCCCGCUCCCCUCGUGCUCCGGCCGGCCCUGCCCUCCUAUCUGCGGGCCGUCGGGCACCCUGCUGCCGGACAGUCUGAGGGAGGACUGCUGGUACAAUGGGCCCUGGCCCUCCCACAGCUGUUCAGGAGAGGCUCUGGUCGGCAGCGACACCUGCUCCGUCGUCCUGCCGCCACCUCCCCUGAACCAAGCCUCCCUGGAUGACAGCUCACGGUCCUUCCCCAGCCCCCCCAAACCCAGUGAUGCCAUGUUCUGGGAGGGACACUCCGCUGCAUCCAACUCCUCAUCAUCUAUUGGAAACUGCGGUCCCAGGAGCCCUCCCAAUGCCGAGUGGGCCAAGCCCUAUUGAGAGGAACUUCAAUGGGAGAAUAGAUGAUUAAAUAGAGUGUGUAAUUGGAUGGAAAAAAAAACAGUGGAUGAAUGAACGGACUCCAACCCUGCCACAUAGCUACCACCUAAUCUGCCUUAAGUUGAUGAGACCACUCCUCUGGGCUGGACUGCACUGGACCUGCUGGUUGUGGGGACUGAUUGAGGCCAGAGGAGGCCUUUUUGAGGUACAGACUCUGUAAACUCAUUACGCUGUUAUCUCUGCACACCGCAUCGGUGAACAUAUCGGACUUCGCAGAGGAGCAUUUGAUGAGAGACCCUCAGCAGAACAAAUAGUUUGUCGGUGUGUAUGUGUCCUUGUAUGCACAUGCUUAAGUGUGUGCAAGCAUGCAUACAAGCAGUUUUAUUUCUGUGUGUGCGUAUACACACAUCAAACAGAGUGUGCCUGUGCGUGCAGAUCAGUGUGCGGGCAUCUUUCGCCUGCCUGUAUCUGUAUAUCGUCAUAAUAAACCUAAUAGGGCUCAAAGGGCCUCUUUCUCCAUUCACUGUGGCCAGUGAUCACUGGGGCCACAGCAUUGUACUAGGAUUUGUAAACUGUACUCCCUCCAAUGCAAGUCUUUUUAAAUUUGAUCGUUGUAAAGUAUAAAAGGUAUGUAGUCCAAUGUAUGUCUCAUGAUCGUGUGAAGGAGGUGUCUAGGUAUGAGGACUUAAUGUGUUUUUGUACUGCGAUGGAGACAGACAUACAGUAACUGUAGGAUAAUCAGAUUUAUGUUCCAAACUUUAACAGCUACCAAAUGGCAUCUUUCCCCCCCUUUUCAUCAGAGUCCUUACGGAUCAGUAUCUGAGUAGGUUGUCAAUCUACUUAUGCUUACCAAAUAAUUUUUGAGAAUGCACUUACAGUAUUUGGAUUUUUGAGGACACUGCGUAAUGAGUAGCAAAUAAUUUUAAUCUAAAAAUGUACUGCUUUCUGAAACGACACACUGCACCCUCACCGGCACCAGAAAAGGAUCAACUGAUUUCCACAGAAAUUUCACAACUCGAAACAAGCCUCCUUAAACCUGCCUGUUAUCACACAUUUAAUUCUCUCAGAACUGCUGUCAGACGAUAUCUGUUGUGUUGUUUUCUUUUCUCUGUUGUAAAGGAACCUGUAAGAUGUGAGGCUGUGCUUUGUUGGAUGUGUUUUUGGGUUGUUGUUUUUUUUUUAAAUUUGAAGGACUCAUGAAAAAGCUCCACACACUCCCCUGUAUCUGAAACCCAGAUUAGGUUGGAAACCUGAUGAGGUUUGUUGAGAUUUUGAAUAAUAGAAAAUGUAUCUAAACUCUGUACUGUGCUGAUGUUAAUCUAUGAUACAUUUGUUUUGCAGUAUGAGGUAAGUUGUUGUGUGAAGAGGGAAGUUUCUCUUUGGUUUCUCUUUUUAAGUCAGAUGAGUAGAAACAACUGACUGAUGUACAAAAGAAAACACAUUACGCGUAGAAUACAAAGAUACACAGAGGGAAGUAUGUGCAUAUCUGUAUAAAUGUAUAUGGUGGGCUUCAGUACUCUGCCAAACGCGGUUUUGCACUCCAAACCAUAGGUUUGUUUUUAUUUUCCUCUCCUACCCCCAAGACUUAUGAUGUGUAUACGAGCUGUCUGUGAUGGUGACAAGACAAUGCGUCUGUUAACCUGAAGAAAUGUGAGCUGUGACUUGACUAAGAGGUGCACAAAGCACAAAGGCCCAUGGUUGUUGAAAAGACUUUUGUUUUUCCAUUUUUCUUUGGUCUGUUUCAUGAUAACUGUGGUCUUUUUGUUCAUUUUUAAGAAAUGUUAUUUUACAGCAGUAGUUUCAUACUUCUGUAAACGAUUUGCAAACCAAAAUGCAAUGUACAGUAGAUAUGGAUUAUAUUUUAGAUUUACUGCACUUCAGACUGUUUGUAAAUAUGAUCAAUUAAACAAAGGAAAGGAAGUUACUGUGUGAA